AUGGUGAUGUUCUCUAAAGCUGGCGUCUGGCCCGCGGGUCCCAGACGAGCGAAGACAGCGCCGUCGUUGGUGCUGCUGGCAACGGCCUUCUUCCUGGCUGCUUGCUGCAUUAUUGUGAGCGUCUUCGCAUCUGAAGAAGGCGCGCAAUCCGAGCAGAGUGUGUAUCGCGAGGAGCAGAAGGAAACGGCUGCGGCGGAGGAGAAGGCUGGAGCGGAGGGCGGGGUGGUGGCCCUCAAUGGCGAAACAUUCAACAGCUUCAUCGCGGCGCACUCGCUGGCGCUGGUGAUGUUCUACGCGCCCUGGUGCUACUGGUCUCGCUCUGCACUGCCCGAGCUAGACGCUGUGUCCAAACUGCUGUCGCACCACAGCCCCCCGGUGGUGGGCGCGAAGGUCGACUGCACUGACAACGAAGACCUUUGCAACCAAGAGUACAUCCGAGAGUACCCGACGAUCCGGCUCUACGUGGAGGGGGUGGGCCAUUUGUACGAAGGCAGGCGCUACAGGACGCACAUGGUGCACUGGGUGGACUUGAAGGUGGACCGCGACAAGCAAGUGGCCUCGCCAGCCCACUUGGACGAACUCGUGAACAGCAGCCGCAGCAGCGAAGACGGGCACGUGGUGGUGGUUGCGGCCUUCCCCCCGCACUACAACCGCGGGAGCUUCCAGGCCGUCGCCAGGGCCUUUGGGGAGGAAGUUUUGUUUGCAGACACAACAGAUCCGGAGCUCGCGACUCGACUGGUGGACUCCCACGUGCUGCCUCGCCUGCCCGAGGAGGAGAGGGGAAAAACUGAGACCACGCGGCAGCUGAAGCCUCCCUUUGUGGUGGUCUUCACUCCUCACAAGGGCGAAGUGGGGGUGCACAUUUACAAAGGUUCUGUAGACGAAGUGAACGCGCUGCGCUCCUUCAUCCGCCAGUGGCUCUUCCCCGGGGUUUCCGUCUUCGACUCGGACAGCAUCGGCAGCAGCUUUUUCAGCGACCCCCGCCCCAAGCUCAUGCUGCUGCUGGACUCGAGCAAACACGAGGCCACGCUGAAGGAAGUCGAGAAGACAGACUCCAAGGACCCUCUCCUGGCUGCCUUCCGCGCCGUCGCCGAGAGGAACCGGGCCUCUGUGGCUGCGGCUGUCUCGGGAAACAGCAAAAACUUCGAAAAGCAGCUCAUGAGCCUCUUGGGAGUUGAAGACGAGACGCUGCCUCAAGUGCGCGUCAUGCGGGUCAGCCACAACACAGAGGGGCCCCAGCACCCUGCGAAGAAGUUCCGGCCUGCCUCCCCUUUGCCCACAGCUUCCGAGGGCAAGGAGGCUGUGGAGCAGGCCUUGCAGGCCUUUGUUUCCGCAGUGCUUUCGCAGCAGCUUUCUCCGUACUUCAGGUCUGAGACCCCCCCCGAGGUGCCGGAGCCGCGGGGGAAAGUUCGGACCCUGGUGGCUUCCACAUUUGCAACUGAGGUGCGGAAAGAGCCAAAUGUACUUGUCGAGUUUUACGCUCCUUGGUGCGGGUUCUGCCGGAAAAUGGAGCCUGCCUACAAAGAACUGGCCAAGAGAGUCGCGGGGGUCUCUGGGCUGGUCAUUGCGCGCAUUGACGCCACGCGAAACGAAGUCGAAGGGGUGGUUAUUGCUGGGUACCCGACCCUUUACCUUUACAGGAAGGGGGAUAAAGAGCCCGUGCUGUAUACGGGGGACAGAAGCACGCGAGAUAUGCUGAAGUGGCUCAGUAUUCGCGUUCGAGGCAUUGCGCGCUUUGACGCAGAAGAGUUGAUGGCGAAAGACUUGUUGGGUUCGACUGGGAGCGGUCCCGCCUCAGUCCUUGAGGAACUUUAG